CACUGAAAAGUCGAACUGAAUUCCAUGACCCAAGAAAAAAAUUGGAUAGCGACAAGACUGAAGAUUCCUUGAGGCACAAGGGCAGAAACAGGUCCGAUCGUGCCAGCCUGGUUAAUAUGCACAUUCUCCAAGCCUCCACGGCAGAAAGAUCCAUUCCAACUGCUCAGAUGAAGCUGAAAAGAGCCCGCCUCGCAGAUGACCUCAAUGAAAAGAUUGCUCUCCGCCCGGGGCCCUUGGAACUGGUGGAGAAGAACAUUCUGCCUAUGGAUUCUUCAGUGAAAGAGGCAAUAAAAGGUUCGGAGGUGAGUUUCUCCAAAGCAGCAGAUGCGUUUGCCUUUGAAGAGGACAGCAGCAGCGACGGGCUUUCUCCGGAUCACACUCGGAGCGAAGAUGCCCAGGGCUCCACGGGAUCGCCCCCAGAUGUCAAAUCUGCUGAGGCGCCUUCGGUUGGUCCUCUGGACACAAUCCAGGAUCUGGCUCCCAGCUCAGAAGGUGAUAAGAACGACGCCGUCUCCCAGCCAAGCAAGCAGCCAGACUCUGGGAAGCAGGGGCUUGGCCCCCUCAGCACCCCUGUCCCUGUGCACACUGCUGUAAAGUCCAAGUCUUUGGGGGACAGUAAGAACCGCCACAAAAAGCCCAAGGACCCCAAGCCGAAGGUGAAGAAGCUCAAAUACCACCAGUACAUCCCCCCAGAUCAGAAGGCAGAGAAGUCGCCCCCACCCAUGGACUCCGCCUACGCCCGGCUGCUCCAGCAACAGCAGCUCUUCCUGCAGCUACAGAUCCUCAGCCAGCAGCAGCAGCAGCAGCAGCAGCAGCAGCAGCAGCAGCAGCAACAGCAGCAACAGCAGCAGCAGCGAUUCAACUACCCUGGGGUGCACCAAACAAACCUCAAAGAACCAAAUGAAUCGAUGGUCAGAAAUCCGAAUUCUUCCUCAACACCACUGAGCAACACCCCCCUGUCCCCCAUCAAAACCAGUCUUUCUGGACAAACUGGUGUCUGUUCUCUCAAGCCAGGCCCCCUUCCACCAAACCUGGAUGAUCUCAAGGUGUCAGAGUUAAGACAACAGCUCCGAAUACGAGGCUUGCCGGUGUCAGGCACCAAGACGGCGCUGGUGGACCGGCUUCGACCCUUUCAGGAUUGUGCUGGCAAUCCUGUGCCGAACUUCGGGGACAUAACGACUGUCACCUUUCCCGUCACGCCCAACACCCUGCCCAGUUAUCAGUCCUCCCCAUCAGGCUUCUACCACUUCGGCAGCACCAGCUCCAGCCCACCCAUCUCCCCCGCCUCGUCUGACCUGUCGGCCGCAGGGUCACUGCCGGACACCUUCCCUGAUGUGUCUCCUGGCUUCGGCCUGCGUGCGUCCCCGGUGCCCGCCUGCACCGAUGAGAGCCUGCUGAGCAGCCUGAACGGGGGCUCCGGGCCCUCAGAGCCUGACGGGCUAGACUCUGAGAAAGACAAGAUGCUGGUGGAGAAGCAGAAGGUGAUCAACCAGCUCACCUGGAAGCUGCGGCAGGAGCAGCGGCAGGUGGAGGAGCUGAGGAUGCAGCUGCAGAAGCACAAGAGCGGCUGCGGAGACCAGCAGCCCCUGCCCUUCCUGGGCGCCACCAUCAAGCAGGAAGACGUCUCUAGCUGCCCCUUCGCAGCCCAGCAGGCAUCCGGAAAGGGACAGGGCCACGGCUCCGAUAGUCCCCCUCCGGCCUGCGAGACUGCUCAGCUGCUGCCUCACUGUGUGGAGCCCUCAGGUCCAACCCAUGUACUCUCAUCCACAUUCCUCAGCCCCCAGUGCUCCCCUCAGCACUCGCCCCUGGGGGCCCUGAAGAGCCCGCAGCACAUCAGCCUGCCUCCAUCACCCAACAACCCUUACUUCCUGGCCUCAUCCUCUGGGGCUCAGAGAGAGAGCCAUGGGGUCUCCUCACCUAGCAGCAGCCAAGGGUGCGCGCAGAACUCAGGGGCACACGAAGGCCAUCCUCCUAGCUUCUCUCCUCCAUCUUCCAGCCUCCACCAGCCCUUCUCUGGCACCCAAGCAGACGGCAGUCAUAGUGCUGGGCUCAACCCCUGUCCCAAAAGCCCAGUUAUUCAUCCAAAGGCAACUGGUUUACAGUCAUCUGACAAGGUGGGGCCAAAGUUUUCAAUUCCAUCCCCAACUUUUUCUAAGUCAAGUUCAACGGUUUCAGAGAUAACCCAGCCCCCGUCCUAUGAAGAUGCAGUAAAGCAGCAAAUGACUCGGAGUCAGCAGAUGGAUGAACUCCUGGAUGUCCUCAUCGAAAGUGGAGAAAUGCCAGCCGAUGCCAGGGAAGAUCACUCAUGUCUUCAAAAACUCCCAAAGAUGCCCGGGUCCUCGCGCAGCUCUCCCACCACCCUCCCCAAGCCCUCCGCUUCCUUUGAACAGGCAUCCUCAGGAGGCCAGAUCUCCUUCGAUCACUAUGCCCCCGAAGGUGAAGAACACCUAGAAGUCUUACUGAAUUCUCACAGCCCUGUAGGAAAGGUGAGCGACCUUACCCUCCUCAAAAUCGGGAGCGAGGAGCCUCCUUUUGACGGGAUCAUGGAUGGCUUCCCAGGGAAGGCUGCCGAAGACCUCUUCAGUGCUCAUGAGCUCUUGCCUGGGCCGCUGUCCCCUCUGCAUACACAGUUGUCACCUUCUUCAGUGGACAGCAGUGGUCUGCAGCUGAGCUUCACAGAAUCUCCCUGGGAAACGAUGGAAUGGCUGGACCUUACCCCACCCAGCUCCACGCCAGGGUUCAGCAACCUCCCCACCAGCGGCCCCAGCAUCUUCAACCUCGAUUUCCUGGAUGUCACAGAUCUCAAUUUGAAUUCCCCCAUGGACAUCCACUUACAGCAGUGGUGAACACCUGAGGUACAAGUGCUGUGAGAGCUCACUAGGAAUUCCACGGGGAAGGCACACAACCAAAGAUACUGUGUGAUCUAAAAGAUAAAGGGGGAAAGGGAAGGGGGAAUGGAGGUUUCUGUGACAAUCAACUAGAACAAACAGGAGUCAGUCGUUAAAAUGUGUAAUGUAAUUUCUGCUAGCAUUCAAAAUGUGCUUUCUCAGAAUAAGAACGUCAAAAAUGUCUUUCACUGCCUUAUCUCCUAUCAGUAUUUUUCUAGCCCACAGGUUGUCUCAGGCAUUACUGGGCCGUAAGUUCACACUAUAGUUUGUCCCAGGCAUUAUUGGGACAUAAGCCAACACUAUGAGCUUUUGUUAUGAAUUUACUAAACGUUCUGGGGUAGGACAAAGCCUCUAAGGGUAUGCAGCGAAGCCAGUCCCCAGUGGUCCUGGAAGCCAUCCUGUGGUAGAGGACGCUUCCAUGUGCCCAUCGCUUAUCUUUUGGAAGAGCAGGUCCUAUUACAGAUAGAGUCCUUAAGGCAGAAUAGAGAGCAGAACCAAUCCAUUCCCAGGAAAUCAAAACAACAAAAGAAGUGUCCCUCAACACCCAACGUGUCUUACUGUACUGGUGACCACUGACAGCUCACUAGCAUUGUCGACACAAUGCACCCAGAAUGUGUUGCUUUUAAACCAGUAGCCCAUUUUUUUCUGCCACUUCUACACUCAUCAAUGAUGUGCAACAGGUUAAACAAAAACAAAAACAAAACUUCAUGCCAUGGUCAGAAUUGUUCUGACAUUCCUCCAUCUGUAUUGUUCCUGAAAGGGUCUUUUCGUUGUGUUUGUAUGUCUAUCAUCAGAACCACAAAUAUAACUCCCUCUAGUUCCAAAGACUAGAGAGAGACAAUCAGAAAGGCGACUGGAGGCCCAGGGAGCCAUACUGGGAAGUUAGAAAUAGAAAACAGUAUAUUUAACAUUCCAGGAAAGACAUACUAUGGAUUGCUGUUACAGGACUAAUAUACAGGGCCAACUCCUUUUUCUUCUUCUUCUCUUUUCUUUUCUUGUUAUGGACAUAGAAGUUCACCUCAGUUUAUCUUCUGCUCACUACUUUCCUUUCAAGAUACCAAUCCUUUAUGGCUCUUUUGGUUUUGAUGAGCUCUUUCUUUCUUUCUUUCUUUCUUUCUUUCUUUCUCUCUCUCUCUCUCUCUCUCUCUCUCAUUCACUCUCUCUCUCUCUCACACACACACAUACACACAAAUACACAAACACACACAUGUAAGGGAAGGAGAGGUUUUCAGCUCUAACAAGCUUCCAUAUUUAUAUCAAAGCCAUUUUUUGAACAUUAAAAGUCUAAACGUUCUUGCCAAAUUCAUUCUUCACAUGCUCAUUGGCUGCUAACAGAAUUCACAAGAAUUUCCUUAGGAAGAAACUGGGGACAUGGCUCAUUGGUCACAAAGCUUGUUUUAUUCAUGUUUGAUUUAUGGACAAUCUUUGGUUUGUGUUGCUCUGGGGAAAUUGGAAAUCAUUACAGAGUGAAGAUAAAUCAGGGUGGCAUCUACCACAGAGAACAUUUCAGUCAAGUUUCCCCCGAAAAAAGCGUGAUUGCACGCAGAAAACAAUGAGAGAGUGAAGGACUGCUAUCUUGAUCAGUGCUUCUCGCUGCCCUUGUAUUUUGUCAGGGUACUGGGGACAGAGGGAGACAACACAGAUUAUCCAAGUCCCUUUGAAGUUCACUGUGGCGCCAGUUCAAGUAUUAUGAUGUUGCAUGCUGUAGAAAGUAGCUAUUGCUCUUUUUUUUUGUUUUGUUUUAAUUUAAAUCACUAAGGCACUGUUUUAUUCUUUUGUAAAGAAAAAAAGUUCACUGUGCACUUAUAGCGAAAAUAGUCAACAAUGUUGUGAAUUUUUGAGAAGUUAUCUUUUUGAUAAACCAAAGAUUUAGAAAUCAUUCCAUUUGUCAACUUGUUAAAAAGAAUGUUUGAACACUGAGUGUUUUUUUGUGACUGCUACUCUGGAAGCCACCAGAUCUUAUUGUAAGGAAGGAAAAAAACAGAUGUGCACACACAUGUAGUUCUAUACAUGUGUGUAUGGAGUAUGUGUAUACACACAUGCCCACAUAUGUAUGCGAAUGCAUAUGUGCGCACGUUUCUGAAAGGUGGCAUUUGGAGUGCCUUGAACCCUCAGUCUGCUGUGAACCAUGCGUGGCCUUUCUCACCGUGAGUUGCUGAUUAAUCGACCAGACCACACAUUGCCUCUCUGUGUAUGACUAAGGACUCCAACCUAAUGCUCAUAGCCACUUGCUGCCCUGAACAAGCUCCUCUUGGCAAUGAAUAUGGAUGUGAGAGGUCAGAGCCUGGCAACGAAUCUGGACUUGUUAGGACAGAGUGGCCUCACCAUCAGUGGCCGCCAAGGCCAGUGCCUCCUCUUACAGAAGAGUCUAAAGGGAGCAUGGGAUUUGUUCUGACAUUCCUCCAUCUGUAUUGUUCCUGAAAGGGUCUUUUCGUUGUGUUUGUAUGUCUAUCAUCAGAACCACAAAUCCAGAGGCAAAGCUUAGCAUGAAGAUGAAGCUGUGGGGGGAAACCUUUACUGCCACAUUCCAAACAUCGGUUUGACCCCGAAGCUGAUGUUUCAUCUGAGUCUGUAUGAAGCUUGCUGCCCUGUACAUUUUUCAAGGUUCCAGCUGGACCAUGUGUGCUAUUCCCUCCUUAUUUCCUUGGAAAACAAACCCACACAGUGCCCUGCCUUCCAGACCCUCAUCUGAAUGGUAAUAAUUUUCCCUUUGGGAAUUCCUGUCUGAGUGAUUAGACAGCUCUGUUUUUAACUAGACUGUGGGGAGGAUUUUUUUUAUAAUAUUAUUCAAACUGAUACACACACUUCAAAGUAAACGAAAGGGAAGAUGGCUCUGGUUUGCUAGUGCAAGCCAAUACAGCUAGAUUGGGUCCCUGGAUACUUGGUCUCAGCCUGCUCCCACAGUCUCCCCAAGCCAUGUGUAUCCUGUCUUCAUAGCAAAGGUAGGAGAUUGGAGAUCACUGGGAGAGGAUUGAUGAAGAUGGCUCAAAUACUCAUGUUCAUUCAGCUGUCUCCUAUUGGGCUUUUUGUUGUUGUUGUUGUUAGUUUUUUACUUUAGGUUCUUUUAAUCAGUCACAUCCUCUCGUAAUGACAUGAGCUAAGAGAUGUGCAGAAAUGGCCACUCUUGGGUUUAGCAGGGUUCCUAGAGCCUCAAGUGGCCACAUAUUUAAAAGGCCUGAGAUGUCCCUGUAGUAAGGAGAGUCUUGGCAGUCAUUCAUAUGGUGGCUACAGGAUAGCAGGUCCCUCUAGAUCUAAAGAGUCCAAAUUCCUUUCCACCUCCACCCCCAUGCAAGUUCUUCUAGUAAACCAGGGCUCUGUAAUCAUUCUUCUACUUCUAACAAUGUUACCAAGACAGUGGAGAUAGGGAAAAAGAAUGAAGAAGAAAGAAGGAGGGGGAGAAAAAAGGAGGCAGAGGGGAUGAGAAGGAGGGGGCAGAGGAAGGAAGAAUGGAUGGAUGGAUAGAUAGAUGGAUGGAAGUAAGGAAGCGAAGGGAAGGGAAGGGAAGGAGAAAGAGUGGAGGCAGAGAAAGAAAGGAAGGAGAAAAGAAAAUCAGGGUCCAACUUCCUGACCCAUAAACCUUUUAUACUAUGAUGUCAUAGUAUAAAAAGUAAAACACAAACUCAGAAGAAGGAAGGCUUUCUGAGCAACGGAGUGAUUCCACCUGUAAACAGGAGCAUCACCAGGACCUCUGUCUGGAGAGUUCGAGUUUAUGAGCUGGCAGGCUUAUACCUUUCAAAACCACCAGUUGGGGACAAAAAUGAAUAAAAUCUACCGCAAGCUUUUAAAACAACUUCUUCUCAAAAGUUAUUUAUUUUAUGUUUGAUCAGCUUUCCUAGAGCUAGUUAGACUGAAAACUCCCACAUGACCUAUACCAUCCGAGGGCUGGCCAUUUGAUGCAGACCGUGAAUGAAGGACACAGACCUUCAGGGGCUGAGUAGCCCUUUGGAAAUAAGGAAAGUGUAGAGGGCACACUUUUUGCCUCUAUCCCAAGUCACAACACAAACCUGCAAGGAGGUAUAGAGGCAGAUACUCGUGAGAUUUCCCUAGACAGAAAACAUCAACAGACAUGGAGAGUCCAGGCCCCACAACAAGAUGGUCCCAUAGCGCUGGGAGCUGAUGAGCUGUGUCCAGAAGCCUUCACCAGCAGAGGACAAUCUGUAAGGAAGUGUUUUCAAGACAGAAAGGAGUUUGGAGAGAACUCUGUGGCCAUCUGCCAGGGGUAUUGUUCUAGGUCCCACUGGAUUCAGUGAGCGGGACUGAGCUCCCUUCUGAUCUAGGGGAUCAAUGGUCCUCCCAGAAGAGAACCCCUGCAGACUCCGCUGUUCAUUCCCACCGCGUGUUCCCACGAUGGGCAUCAGGAGGCUACAUCAUUUAGAUUGCCUCGCCUGCAAAGGGACACAGCAUGGGGGGGUCCAGGAAGCUCUUUAACUAUUUUCCAAGGGAGCAGGACCUACACUGCUCCCAGGGCUCAGUCCCAAUGAACUUGUCCAAAGAACCAAGGGCAGAAGUUUGCUGGGAGAUGAAAUUCAGCCCUCAGUGGAACACGAAGCAGUGUUCUGGAAAGAACAAGGAAGCAAGCACGAUUCUCUUGGCCCCACCGUGGUGAUGUUUUCAUGUCGGUCUCCUUUGCUUGGUAUACUAUGAAAGAAAUGUGGUUGGUAGAGCAAGGAAGCAAUGGCUAAAAUACCAAAGUUGGCAUGUGUUCUUUUUUUAAAAAAAUGCAUAUAUUUUUAAAUAAAAUGUUUAUUUUAACGAGAUGUAAGCAUUUUUCCUUGACCAUAUAUAUGCCAUGCCUGCAUACAAUGUUCUUUAUACAUGUUACUUUAUG